ACAAAGGCAUGAAUUAUCAUAUCACCAUGCUUAUAUCAUUGGAUUUUGGUUUCCUUAGGUUACCCAACCCAAACCUCUUGCACACUAAAACUCCCAUGUCUUUCCUUCAUCUCCCAAGGUUAUCCUCUCCCUCAUUUUCUCGUCUAUCCUCACGCACCUUCACCACUCUUCUCCACCCACCACCAAAAUCCACUCUCACAAACACAAAUCCAGAAUCAAACCAACUCUCCACAAUAACCCCAAAACCCGAAACCCUAUCACUCGAAAAACUCUUCAUUCCUCCAAACACCCAUCUCACUCACGAAGACGCAAGAAUCUUAAACGGUUCAAAUAUACUACUCAGCAAUUACGCCACCGGUGCGAAAAUUGUGCAAGCCGAUUUUGUUAAAAGCAGCCCUGGAACUGGAGAUUGUCCGUCUGAUGGUCUUCCUGAGUUCGCGCUUGUUGGGAGGUCCAAUGUCGGGAAGUCGUCGCUGCUUAAUUCGAUUGUGCGACGCAAGAAUCUUGCUUUAACUUCGAAGAAACCUGGGAAGACGCAAUUGAUUAACCAUUUUCGUGUGAAUGAUAAUUGGUACUUGGUUGAUUUGCCUGGUUAUGGGUAUGCAUCUGCGCCUCAUGAACUUAGAAUGGAUUGGGCAAAAUUCACCAAAGACUUUUUACUGAACAGGUCAACAUUAGUUUCAGUUUUCCUUCUAAUAGAUGCUAGCAUCCCUGCUAAAAAAAUUGAUCUCGAGUAUGCUAGAUGGUUGGGUGAGAAUCAGAUCCCAAUGACAUUAAUCUUCACCAAAUGUGACAAAAGGAAGAAGGCAAAGAAUGGAGGCAAAAAACCUGAAGAGAAUGUCAAUGACUUUCAGGAGUUGAUUCGGAGCUCCUUUGAAACCGUGCCUCCAUGGAUCAUGACCAGCAGUGUAACUCAUCAGGGUCGUGAUGAGAUUCUCCUUCAUAUGGCCCAACUUCGGAACUACUGGCUCAACCACUAGUUCUGGUCCAUAUAUCAUUGGAUCUGAGUUGUCCAUCUUGAAUAUUUAAAGGGCUGUAUAUAUGAGUUGCUUUAUCAUUUUCUCAGUGGCAAGUUGUAGGGUAGACUAGAACCGGCUAAUGAUUAAGUUUCAAAUUCAUAUAAUUUCUCAUGUUUAUUGUAUAGGAAAAUGCCUUCAAAUUGAUUUAUGUUGUAUACAGGGCCUUAGGCAAGUGAAUGAAAGAGUCAAAGACCCUGUUAAAAGAAUCAUUUUAAAGGUUGACAAUAGAUUGUUUUUGACUCAUUUUAUGGUA